AACGCCCGGCCGGGCCAAGGGUGUUGUGGGGUGGGACUUGAUCUUGGAUCGCGAAGAUGGCUGCUGGCUGCCUGCUGGCCUUGACUCUGACACUUGUGCCGUCGUUGCUACUCAUCGGGCCCUCGUCCGAGGAGCCGUUCCCUUCGGCCGUCACGAUCAAGUCGUGGGUAGAUAAGAUGCAAGAUGACCUGGUCACACUGGCCAAGACGGCAAGUGGAGUCAACCAGCUUGUUGAUAUUUAUGAAAAAUAUCAAGAUCUGUACACUGUAGAACCAAACAACGCGCGCCAGCUGGUGGAAAUUGCAGCCAGAGACAUCGAGAAACUUCUUAGCAACAGAUCGAAAGCCCUGGUGCGCCUGGCCUUGGAAGCGGAGAAGGUCCAAGCAGCCCACCAGUGGAGGGAAGAUUUUGCAAGCAAUGAAGUGGUCUACUACAACGCAAAGGAUGAUCUUGACCCUGAAAAAAAUGACAGUGAGCCAGGGAGCCAGAGGAUCAAACCCGUCUUCAUCGAUGAUGCCAAUUUCGGACGACAGGUGUCCUACCAACACGCCGCUGUACAUAUCCCCACUGACAUCUACGAAGGAUCAACAAUUGUGCUAAAUGAACUCAACUGGACGAGUGCCUUAGAUGAAGUUUUCAAAAAAAAUCGAGAGGAAGACCCUUCACUGCUCUGGCAAGUGUUUGGCAGUGCUACUGGCCUGGCCCGUUAUUAUCCAGCAUCUCCUUGGGUUGAUAAUAGUAGAACUCCAAACAAGAUUGACCUGUAUGAUGUGCGUAGGAGACCAUGGUACAUCCAGGGUGCUGCGUCCCCUAAAGAUAUGCUUAUCCUGGUGGAUGUAAGUGGAAGUGUCAGUGGGCUGACGCUCAAGCUCAUCCGAACGUCCGUGUCCGAGAUGCUGGAGACCCUCUCUGAUGACGACUUUGUGAAUGUGGCUUCUUUUAACAGCAAUGCUCAAGAUGUAAGCUGUUUUCAGCACCUUGUCCAAGCAAAUGUAAGGAACAAGAAAGUGUUGAAAGACGCAGUGAAUAAUAUCACGGCGAAGGGAAUCACAGAUUAUAAGAAGGGAUUUAGUUUUGCUUUUGAGCAGCUGCUUAAUUAUAAUGUGUCCAGGGCUAACUGCAACAAGAUUAUCAUGCUGUUCACAGAUGGGGGAGAAGAGAGAGCCCAAGAGAUAUUCGCCAAAUAUAAUAAAGACAAAAAAGUACGCGUUUUCACAUUCUCAGUCGGUCAACACAAUUACGACAGAGGACCUGUUCAAUGGAUGGCUUGUGAAAAUAAAGGUUAUUAUUAUGAAAUCCCAUCUAUUGGAGCAAUAAGAAUUAAUACUCAGGAAUACCUAGAUGUGCUGGGAAGACCAAUGGUUUUAGCAGGGGACAAAGCUAAGCAAGUCCAGUGGACAAAUGUGUACUUGGACGCACUGGAACUGGGACUUGUCAUUACUGGAACCCUUCCGGUCUUCAACAUAACCGGCCAAUUUGAAAAUAAGACAAACUUAAAGAACCAGUUGAUUCUUGGUGUGAUGGGAGUUGACGUGUCCUUGGAAGAUAUUAAAAGACUUACACCACGCUUUACGUUGUGCCCCAAUGGUUAUUAUUUCGCCAUUGAUCCUAACGGUUAUGUUUUAUUACAUCCAAACCUUCAGCCAAAGCCUAUUGGCGUGGGUGCACCAACAAUUAAUGUCAGGAAAAGGAGACCCAAUGUGCAGGAACCAGUCACCUUGGAUUUCCUCGAUGCCGAAUUGGAGAAUGACAUUAAAGUGGAGAUUCGAAAUAAAAUGAUAGAUGGGGAAAGUGGAGAGAGGACAUUCAGAACUCUAGUUAAGUCCCAAGAUGAGAGAUACAUCGACAAGGGAAACAGGACAUACACGUGGACUCCGGUCAACAGCACAGAUUAUAGUUUGGCCUUGGUGUUACCAACCUACAGUUUUUACUAUAUAAAAGCCAAACUAGAAGAGACAAUAACUCAGGCCAGAUAUUCAGAGACGUUGAAGCCAGAUAAUUUUGAAGAGUCCGGUUACACAUUCCUGGCACCAAGAGAUUACUGCAAUGAUCUCAAACCAUCGGAUAAUAACACUGAAUUUCUUUUAAACUUCAAUGAGUUUAUUGAUAGAAAAACUCCGAACAACCCAUCCUGUAACACAGAUUUGAUUAACAGAGUCUUACUGGAUGCGGGCUUUACAAACGAACUUGUCCAAAAUUACUGGAGUAAGCAGAAAAAUAUCAAGGGAGUGAAGGCACGGUUUGUUGUGACCGACGGUGGGAUCACCCGAGUUUAUCCCAAAGAGGCCGGGGAAAACUGGCAGGAGAACCCAGAGACGUACGAGGACAGCUUUUAUAAAAGGAGUCUUGAUAAUGAUAACUACGUAUUCACGGCUCCCUACUUUAACAAAAGUGGACCUGGGGCCUAUGAGUCUGGCAUUAUGGUAAGCAAAGCUGUAGAAAUAUACAUCCAAGGCAAACUUCUUAAACCUGCAGUUGUUGGAAUUAAAAUUGACGUAAAUUCCUGGAUAGAAAAUUUCACCAAAACUUCAAUCAGGGAUCCGUGUGCUGGUCCAGUUUGUGACUGCAAAAGAAACAGUGAUGUAAUGGAUUGCGUGAUUCUAGAUGAUGGUGGGUUUUUGUUGAUGGCCAAUCAUGAUGAUUAUACUAACCAGAUUGGAAGAUUCUUUGGCGAGAUUGAUCCGAGCUUGAUGAGACACCUGGUUAAUAUUUCAGUUUAUGCCUUUAACAAAUCCUACGAUUACCAGUCAGUGUGUGAGCCUGGGGCGGCACCCAAGCAAGGAGCCGGGCACCGUUCUGCUCAUGUGCCGUCAAUUUCAGACAUACUGCAGAUCGGAUGGUGGGCAACUGCCGCUGCCUGGUCUAUUCUUCAGCAAUUUCUUCUGAGUUUGACGUUUCCACGGCUCCUUGACGCAGUGGAGAUGGAAGAUGAAGACUUCUCUGCCUCCCUGUCGAAGCAGAGCUGCAUCACUGAGCAGACCCAGUACUUCUUCGACAACGACAGUAAAUCCUUCAGUGGAGUAUUGGACUGUGGAAACUGUUCCAGAAUAUUUCAUGUAGAAAAACUCAUGAACACCAACCUGAUAUUCAUAAUGGUUGAGGGCAAGCGGACAUGUCCCUGCGACACUCGCCUACUCAUCCAAGCAGAACAGACGUCUGAUGGGCCGGACCCUUGUGACAUGGUCAAGCAACCCAGAUACCGCAAAGGGCCAGAUGUCUGCUUUGACAAUAAUGUCCUGGAGGAUUAUACCGACUGUGGGGGUGUCUCCGGGCUGAACCCCUCCCUCUGGUCUAUCCUCGGAAUCCAGUUUGGGCUCCUAUGGCUGCUGUCCGGCAGUAGACACUGGCUGUUGUGACCUUCUGAAACCAAAUCUAUGUCAUUAAACUCCAGACCCUGCCACAACAUGACUCCUCAGUGCAUUCAAAUAGGGUCAACUCUUGAAUCACACCAUUAGCUGGGCCUCUACCAUGGCUUGGCUCUAAGGCGUAGACUCAUCAGACACCCACUGGCUGCAUGUCAGGGUGUUCCGUGCUCA